AUGGUCUACACAAUCGUCGUUCACCUUCGCGCAAAGCCAGACGAAGAGUCGAUCUCCAAGCUGCACGCAAAGCUCCUCGAGGCCUCGGUCGUUUACUCCCAAGACAAAGAGACCUUGUCCUGGUUCGUGAUGCAGUCCGUCCACGACAGGCAGGACUUCACCAUUGUCGAGCGCUACCUGCACGAGUCCUCGCAGCAGUACCACCUGAACAACCCCUACUGGAAGACCUUUGAUCCCUAUGUGAUCCCGCUGCUGGAGAAGGAAAUGGAUUUGCGCCGCUUUGAGGAAUUGGAUCCUGCUGAGACGAAUUGA